UUUUUUUUUUAAUAAUGAAGAUAUUAAGUUUUAUUCUAUUGAUUGGCUAUAUUCAUACAGUCUAUACAAGCUCACUUGUUGACUUGUCUCAUCCAGCUCAUGACAUUAAUCCAUUACCAGCAGUGACAGUAGACACAAACCGAUUCACUCAAUUACUGUCAAACCAUCUCUUGUUUGAUCAUUUUGAUAAGGCAUAUUACCAGCUCGCAAGGAAAAUCUCGCUUCAAUUCAGAGAUGUCAUUCAUGUCAAAGUCAAGAAGAUAAAGACAAAAUCAAAUUCAAAAUCGACUUCUUCAAGAGACAUGGUCUUGCCUCCACCUGUAGAUAUUCAGAUCUUGAAAAGACAAUUAAAAGGAGCAGUAGGAUCUUUUAUAGAAGACAAAUUACCUGCUAUUUUGACAAACCGUUACAACACAAGUACAUUACAGACUGAACUUGAACACUUGUUAUAUCAGUAUUGCCCUUCCACACAUAAUUUAUCGCAGUGUAUUCUAGACAAUCGAGAACCUUUUUUGACUCAAGUGCAUCAUUACACAACACAAGAACUGCAGUCCACAUUAUCCAGAGUCAAUCAAUUCGAUUUGCCUAGACUGUUUGAGAAAACAAGAGCACAAAUCUCGGGCAUUCUUAUUCACUUUAAUCAACAUACCAUGGAUACCAAACAUCAUCGCUUAGAACUCAAGAUUAAAUCUGCCACUAAUACCUCUUCUACUGCUGUUGAGGCUAAAAGAGACUGGAUUACAUUUGAUAUGAUGCAAGACUUCAUCUCAACUAUUCAUCAUACAGAUACAGAAGAAGGAAAUACCAUACAGCACUUUUUAGACUUGGCUAUAUAGCAAAAUAACAAUAAUAAAAAAAGGACA